UGUGUGUGUGAGUGUGAGUGAGUGAGUGUGAGUGAGUGAGUGAGCGAAACACUUGGAGUUAAUGAAACUUGUCAGUGUUUUGAGGUUGUGGGUUAGAGUUCCUCAGACUGACCUGUGGGAAUGUGUCACGUCUCAAACUGAACCACUGACCUCCUCUGACUUACUGCAGAGGAAUGGAAGUUGUCACCAGAGCUAUUUUGGCAAAGUACAGCUAAUGAUUGUGAUCACAGAACACGACUCGCAGCAGCAGCAGCAGCAGCAGCAGCAGCAGCAGCAGCAGCAGCAGUUGCUUUGCUUUCCUUUUUUCCAACCAGUGAGUUAGAGCAUGCGGCGCUCUCUGGCGCUGCAGGGAUUACACAGUUAACGGAUGUCACGGCGGCUCCGCUUGCAUUUUGCGUCAAGGAGAAGUAACACGGACCCUCUGUCAGACGGAGCUCAGAGACCCGCAGAGAGUCUGGCACACAGCUCCGUCCACCUGAAGGUGACUCCUCUGUCACCAGACUACGCUAAUCUACAGCGCUACUCCUCAGUAUUCAUACCCCGGAUUAACACUGGAGGACGCAACAAGAAGAACGUUGUCCAGAUCUCUCUGCAGCCGUGCGGGAGGCUCAGCGGUCAGGCACGUGGCAGCGUAGAGGAUGGAGAUCAGGGAGCAGCUGGUGCUGGCUCUGACGGAGGCUCGUGCAGCAGCAGCAGCAUGGCUAGUGAUGCCGGGUACUGUAGCAGCAACAGCAUCUUUGAGCCAGAGGCUCCAGAAAAGCACAGGACCCGCUCCAGGUCCACGGUCCCUCUGAGACGCUGCUCCUCCCUGGUUAUAUUCUCAAAGAGCCCCAGCAGCACCCCGCCUGCCUCCCCGGUGAGUCCUGUGGCUGCUCUGCCACCGGCCAGGGCAACUCAGCCGUCGUCUCUUCACACGUGUGCCAGUGAACUCUCACAAGACGACGACGACGACGUGACUUGUAAAGGGUCGACCGCGGCGGUCGUCGGCCAUCGUCUCUCUAAAGGAAGUUCAAGUGAUUUCAGGGACAAACACAUGGUGCACUUUAAUAUUCCUGUGCAGGAUAAACCAACAUACAGAAUGGAGGACAGGAGGACAGUAACGGACCCGUCACCCAUCCUGGAGCGGUCCAACCGUCACUCCAGCUGCUUGUUGUUGCACUUUGCCCACCAGAGACCGACAACCACAGCGAGAGUUAACGUGGAACAUCCUGACGCUCACAAAAAACUCUAUCGCAGCACGUCAGCGUGUUUGUUCUCGACUAAAGCAGCAGACAGAACUCACACGGGCCGCUCGUGUGUCAAAGGCCAGGAAACGGCGGAGGGAAAGCGCGGCCAUCGAGCCAUUCAGAGGAGCUUCUCCCUGGAGGUUCCCUACGCCAACACGGGAAUCUCAUGUCACGUCUCCAACCCCAGUCUCUGCAGCCCUCACUCUCCACACGUGCACAUUCACCUGUCUCCUCACUGUCCUGUGUCCAACCUACACAACUGUGAGUUUGACCACGACGUCACACAAACGUCCAAGAGCCCAGAGGAGAAGACACGUGAUGACUUCCUGGGACAGGUGGACGUUCCUUUAAAUCAGAUACCGACAGAAAAUCCUAACACUGAGAGACCGUACACGUUCAAGGAUUUUCUGCUUCACCCUCGAAGCCACAAGUCCAGGGUCAAAGGUCAUCUACGUCUUAAAAUGACCUACCUGCCGAAAAACAGCGGUUCAGAGGAGGAGACGUCCGAUCAGACGGAGGACAUGGAUCCUGGGUGGGAGCUGCUGGAGUCUCAGGACAUGUCAGGACCCAGACAGAGCCAGGUCCUGCCUCCUCUGCCCCCUGGCUGGGAGGAGAGACAAGACAAUCUGGGAAGAAUCUACUUUGUUAAUCAUGAGACGAGAAGCACGCAGUGGCAACGGCCCACAGUGCAAGACAAUGACCUGGAGUUGCUCACGAGACAGAACAAUAAUGCAGAGGCGGAGCAUGCGUUCAUCACACGCAGACAGAUCUCAGACCACGAGGAGAACGAAACUCAAGAAUCUCCUGAGAGCUGGGAGAUCCUGACAGAGGAGAACUCGGCCGUGUACAGUAACGAGCUUGCGUCGCCUCCUCCCCAAAUGCCCGCAGACCUCCAGUCCAUUCGCUGUGAGCUGAGACACAUGCAGGUUUCUGGGGCCACAGCUGGUGAUCAGCGCACCUCCCACACGAAUCAUGCAAGUAAUUCAAGCCAUUCCAGUCGCAGGCGGAGCUCCCAGACUCCACCUGGAGAGGAACAUCCUGUUAAUCCAGUGCUGCUUCCGACCUCCACUGGUUUACCUCCAGGCUGGGAGGAGAAGCGUGAUAAUAAAGGAAGACGCUAUUUUGUAAACCACAACACUCGAACCACGACAUGGAAUAGACCUCUCAUACAGAGGACCUCAGAGGCAGCAGUAGCAGCAGCAGCAGCAGCAGCACCAGCAGCAGCAGCAGCAGCAGCAGCACCAGCAGCAGCAGCAGCAGCAGCACAAGCACAGAGCGGUGCAGGUUCAUCCCAAAGCCCCACCACGUCUCCAAUGACAGCGCCCCCUGAGGUGUCUCCUCAGCAGACUCCCAGCCCUGAGGCCCCGCAGGAGUCUGGCUCUCUGCCGGCGGGGUGGGAGGUCCGCAGCGCUCCUAAUGGACGACCUUUUUUCAUCGACCACAACACGAAGACAACAACCUGGGAAGACCCUCGGCUGAAGAUUCCCGUACAGAUGCGGAGGACGGCCUCUCUUGACCCCAAUGAUCUUGGCCCUUUGCCGCCUUGUUGGGAAGAAAGAGUCCACUCUGAUGGAAGGAUCUUCUACAUAGAUCACAACACCAGGACCACACAAUGGGAGGAUCCUCGGUUACAGAACUCGGCGAUAACUGGACCAGCUGUGCCUUAUUCCAGAGAUUAUAAACAGAAGUACGAAUACUUCCGCAAGAAGCUGAAGAAGCCGGCUGACAUCCCAAACCGCUUUGAGCUGAAGCUGCGACGGAACGCCGUGCUCGAGGACUCGUACCGACGCAUCCUCUCUGUGAAGAGGCCGGACCUGCUCAAGGCACGCCUGUGGGUGGAGUUUGAGGGAGAAAAGGGACUGGACUAUGGAGGCGUGGCCAGGGAGUGGUUCUUCCUCAUGUCCAAGGAGAUGUUCAACCCAUAUUAUGGGCUGUUUGAGUAUUCUGCCACGGACAACUACACACUGCAGAUCAACCCGAACUCAGGUCUGUGUAACGAGGAUCACCUUUCCUACUUCAAGUUCAUCGGCCGAGUGGCCGGCAUGGCGGUGCAUCAUGGGAAACUGCUGGAUGCUUUUUUCAUCCGGCCGUUUUACAAGAUGAUGCUGCAGAAGCCGAUCACGCUGCAGGACAUGGAGUCUGUGGACAGUGAAUAUUUCAACUCUUUAAAGUGGAUCUUGGAGAACGACCCGACAGACUUGGACCUGAUGUUCACCAUCGAUGAAGAGCUGUUUGGACAGACUCACCAACAUGAACUCAAGCCCGGCGGCUCUGAGAUCGUUGUCACCAAUGAAAACAAGAAGGAAUACAUUCAUCUGGUGAUGCAGUGGAGGUUUGUGAACAGGAUACAGAAGCAGAUGACUGCAUUCAAAGAGGGAUUCUUUGAGUUGAUUCCACAAGAUCUGAUCAAGAUCUUUGAUGAGAAUGAGCUUGAGCUGCUCAUGUGUGGUCUUGGAGAUGUGGACGUGAACGACUGGAGAGAAAACACCAAGUACAAGAACGGCUACUGCUCCAACAACGCUGUCAUCCAGUGGUUUUGGAAAGCGGUUCUGCUGAUGGAUGCAGAGAAGAGAAUCCGGCUCCUUCAGUUUGUGACGGGAACGUCCAGAGUUCCAAUGAAUGGCUUCGCUGAACUCUAUGGCUCUAAUGGACCACAGCUGUUCACCAUCGAGCAGUGGGGGACACGUGAUAAACUGCCCCGAGCUCACACAUGCUUUAACCGUCUGGACCUCCCUCCUUACGAGUCGUUUGAGGAGCUGAGGGAGAAACUUCUCAUCGCCAUAGAGAACGCACAAGGCUUUGAUGGAGUGGAUUAACGCGGCGGAAGUGAACGAGCUGAAGUGACAUUUUAAUGCUCAGCUGCAGGAUGUGAUGGUGAUGCUGGUGAGAGGGUGAGCUGUGGUGGUGAAGGACAGACACACAGCUGAGUCGGGUCACUCACACACACACACACACACACACACACGUGGAGGAGGCAGACGUGGAUAUAGAAUCACUCCAUGUGUUGUAAUGUUUACAAAUUGUUUUAUUUUUCUUCUCUUAAGUGAAUUCACUUUUGUUUGUUCUGCUAAAUAAUGAAUUAUUUAAAUGAGUGAAAUGAGAUUAUAACAUUAAUGAAUGUGAAGCUUUAAAAACAGGAGUUUCCUUUGAGCCGAGCUGCGUCACAAACUGUCGAGACUUCAGGGAAACUUUCACCACAUGAACACAUGAUUUAAGCUGGACCAUGGGUGACACAGUGAGGACACAGUGAGGACACAGUGAGGACACAGUGAGGACAGGUUGACAUAAAGACGUACAGUCUCUGAAACUGCAGAAUCCCUUUAAAGUGAAAGAAGGUUUUAAAUCUAAAGGUUUAGUCUCAUUAUUAAUAAAACACAGAUAUCGAUUGUUAAUUUAACGAUGUUUUCUCUCCAUUUAAAUUCUUCAUAUCAUUUUCAUUCCAGAAAACUAGAAACACGACAGGAAACGUUCAAGAAUGAAACCUCAGGAGCCUUAGUAUCACAAACACGUGUGUGUGUGUGUGUGUGUGUGUGUGAUUACACUGUAAACAAGUGUGUCAUCAUUCAUUCAUUCAUCACGUGUCAUUAAGCAUUUACAGCAGUGAUGCAUCCAAACCAGGACCAGUAAAACAAGGCUUAACUAAUUAUUCUGCACACGCACACACGCACACACACACACACUCACACACUCUCACAUGCGUGCGCACACACACAGACACACACACACACAGACACACACACAGUGUUAGAUUCUGCCCAAAUACUAUGCAUAAAUGUACAUAUUUAACUGUAAUGUUGCAUGAUUCUUUCUCAGAUUGAACAUAAAUAUAUUGUACAUAGAAAUAAAAGAUUUGGUUUUUAUUCAUACACAUGUAUGUGUAUACAUACUAUAUAUAUAUAUAUAGUAUAUAUAUACAGUAUGUAUAGAGUAAAUAUACAGUAUGUAUACACAUGUAUGUGUAUACAUAUAUAUACUAUAUAUAUAUAUAUACACAUGUAUGUGUAUACAUAUAUAUACUAUAUAUAUAUACGUAUAUAUGUAUAGAGUAUAUACAGUAUAUGUAUAUUGUCAUUAUUAGUGGUGGGCUCAGACUGUGAGUGUGUUGCGUUGCUUUGUUUCCUCGUCGCGCGCGCGCGUGUGUGUGUGUGUGUGUGUGUGUGUGUGUGUGUGUGUGUUUGUGUUUGCAGCUCACUGCUCUGUUUUUAAGAGCUCUUUAAAAAGCAUCAUCACCUGUAAUAAAUAAUAAAUAAUAAUAAUACCUUUGUAAGGAAAUAAGUGAACUGAACUGCAGCCGUUUCUCUCUGUGUUUACGUCUGCCGCGGUUAAAGAAAGGUUUUUAUAUUCUUACGCUUUUAUAAAGUCAAGCACUUUGUCUUAUUGUUCACUGUUGAGCGUCACUGCCUUUAAAACGUUUACCAUGUUCUCUUGUGUCGCUGUGUGAAGAUGAUUUGUGAUAUAUUCUAGCAGAUGAAGUAUUGUUGUGUAUGUUUUGAUCUCUACUGAAGAAAAUCCCAGAGAUCAACUCUUUAUUUCUCAUAUAUCACAUUUUCUUAUUGUCCAAUGGAAUUGAAAUCAUUGACAAAGCCACAAGUGCAUUACAAUGUUGACAUGAGUCUAUGAUCUAUGUUCUAUGAUGAUGAACUAUAACUCACCACAUCCAACAUCAGAGAAAGAAAGAAAAAUACAAUUCAGUAAUAAAAUACACAAAACAACA